AUGGCUUCAUCCAUGGGGAAAAUAGAAUCUGAAAUAAUCACCAAGACUGAGCAUUCCAUCGAGUCUAAAACUGCUGCUGAGAGCGCGAUUACCUCUGGUAUUCCUGAUCCUGAACUUAAUGCUUUUGGUCAACCAUACCCGAAGGGAGUUGUUCUCUAUGCGUGCACUUUUUCACUCGCUUUGGCUAAUUUUUUGGCUGCUUUAGACAUUAUGAUUGUGACCACUUUAAUUGACGACGUCGGCCAGAAGUUUCAUGCGUAUUCCAAGACUGGAUGGGUUGUGGCUGGGUAUAGUUUACCUAAUGCAGUCCUUUCUUUAGUCUGGGGUCGUUUGGCUUCUUCAGUUUUCGGCUUCAAACCGUCUAUGAUUAUUUCGAUAAUUAUUUUUGAAGUUGGUUCCAUUGUGUGUGCUUCAGCACAGUCUAUGAAUUCGUUAAUUGGUGGGAGAGUUAUCGCUGGGAUAGGUGGAAGUGGUAUCCAAAGUCUUACGUUCGUUAUUGCAUCUACCAUUGUUACCGAACGUCAAAGAGGUAUAAUUAUUGCGUUUAUGGGUGCCUCCUUUGGUAUUGCGUCAGUAGUUGGUCCUUUUCUGGGUGGUGUCUUCACUACUCAUGUCACAUGGAGAUGGUGCUUUUGGAUCAACCUUCCAUUAGGAGGACUUGCCUUAGUCAUUUUCAUUGUAUUCUACAAUCCAUACGAACGUUCUGACUUAAACGGUUUGUUAAGUGGUGUAUUUUCAUUUUCUAAAAUUUCCCCGAUUAAAUUGGCUUGGUUUCUGAAAUUAAACAAUUGGUAUCGUUUAUUUGAUAUAAUGAUCUUUCAAUUCGAUAUUGUUGAGUUUAUCCUGUCAAGUGCAGGAAUUGUUUGUCUUUUGCUUGGUUUCACUUUUGGUGGUAACCGAUACAAUUGGAAUUCAUAUUCCACUAUUCUAUUAUUUAUCUUUGGUGGUGGACUUAUCGUCUUAUCCUUGAUUUAUGAUUUCUUCAUCUUUCCUUCUUUUAGUAAAGUGAAACAAAACAUUCAGUAUCAACCAUUAAUCUCUUGGAAAAAUAUCAAACGGAGAGGAAUAAUGACUGCAAAUGUCACUGUUUUCUUUAUCUGUUUAGGUUAUAUGACCCAAAUCAUAUAUGUUGUCCAAUAUUUCCAAUUAAUAUUCAAUAGUUCCCCAUGGAAAGCCUCGGUUCAUUUAAUUGCAUGUGUCGUUCCCACAGUAUUUACCGUAAUCAUUUGCGGUGCUAUCAAUGGUAGACUUGGUUGGGUGAAACCAAUUACUUUAUUUGGCGUAACCACAGGCAUCAUUGGUGCGGGUUUGAUGACGUUACUUGAUAACCAUGCAACAAGUGCCCAAAAGAUCGGUCUUCUAAUUUUACCUGGUGUAGCUUUUGGCGCAACAAUUCAAGGUACAAUGAUCGGUGCUCAGAUAGAGCUUGACGAAACAAGUACAACUUACCGUUCAGAUUUUGUUUCAAUAACUACUUUAAAUUCUUUUUUGAAAAAUUUAGGGCAGGCAAUUGGUGGUGUGAUCUGCGAAGCUGUAUUUAGCGCCUCUAUUUUAAAUAAAAUUUCUGACGCCAAUAUUCAAAUCGAAGAGAAUAAACCAAACAGUUCAGAAUCCAUAGUUUCUUACAGAUCUGCGCACUUCGAUGGUCCUAACUCCAAACUAGGUGAUAUGUUAAGUGACUCCAUAAAAAACGUCUUCUAUAUGGCUCUCGGCUUCUAUGCCCUGGGGUUUAUCUUCGGUAUUUUCACUACUAACAAGAAAGUUAACCUUAAGAAGAAGAUAUCCGAUAACGAUGCUUAA